CAUCAAACAAUUUUGAUUACCACAAAAUAUUUUUUUUUCUCCCUGUUUGAUAAAUUCUGAAACCAAAUUUAAAUUGUGAUAGAUAUCAACUGUUUCAUUCUUUAUCUAGAUCAUAUACAAUCCAUCAUCAUAUCCCAUAAUGAGUGCUGAAGUUGAAACUCCAUCUACUGGGAGAACAGAAAUAGUUCAUAAGAAUAUAACUGCCAAAGAUGGUAGUAGAUUGAAUUGUCAGUUUUACAGCAGAAUUGGUGCUUGUAGACAUGGUGAAAAAUGUUCCAGAAAUCAUAUUAAACCAACUUCAUCUAAUGUUAUAAUAUUACCUAACAUGUAUCAGAAUCCUAAAUUGAAUAAGAAUGAUACUCAUGUUGAUGAACGACAGAUUCAAAAAACGUUUGAUCAUUUUUAUGAAGAUGUAUUUAUAAAACUUGCUUCAUUAGGUCAAGUGGUUGAUAUUGCUGUGUGUGAAAAUGAAAAUAAUCAUUUGAAUGGUAAUGUUUAUGUUAGUUAUCAUAGUAGAGAAGAAGCAUCCAAAGCCGCCCAAGCUUUGAAUCAAGAAUGGUAUAAUGGUAAACCUAUUCAUUGUGAUUUAUCUCCAGUUGAUAAAUUCGAUGAUGCUACUUGUCGUGCUUAUGAAGAUUCUAAUUGCUCUAGAGGUGAUAUUUGUAAUUUCAUGCAUUUAAGACAUCCAUCCCAACAAUUAGAAGAAAGCUUACAAAAUUCCCAAAAGAAGUCCAUCAUUCUUAAAAGACUUGCCAAGGAAAGUAAUAGACCAAGUGCUGCUGCCAAUGCUACUACUUCUACUUCUGCUGCUCCAGUAUCUGUUGGUGAUACAAAUGCUGUAAGAGAAACAAGCACCAUUCAAGAUAUCAGUAAUCUUUUCGCUUAGAAAAUUUUUACGCUAUAUAUAUAUAUAUAUCAAUCACCAUUGUAUAGAUAUCCCUAAUUAUAUAUGUUCUAAAUAUAUAUGUUUAAUGAAAUGAUGAUACCAACUCCACCUUUUGAAAAGUCAAUAUUUAAAGGCCGUGAUCGGUGAUAUUUGUGAGUGUAAACAGAAACGAAAAAAACCAUUCGAU